AGGAAAUUGAAAGUGAAAUAAGGAGCUGGCCGCCGACUCUGAGUGCCCUGGUCAGGUCUCAACAGUGCUCCUUCACGGGGACAUCGCAUCAAUGGACACAGAAAUGCCCCUGGCAAAGAUGUGGGAGGAGGUCACCUGUUCUAUCUGCUUGGAUCCCAUGGUGGAGCCGGUGAGCAUUGACUGUGGCCACAGCUUUUGCCAGGAAUGCAUCUCUCAGGUGGGGAAAGAUGGAGGUAGUUCGUGUCCUGUGUGCCGGAAACGCUUUCUGCUCAAGAACUUCAGGCCCAACCGACACCUAGCCAACAUGGUGGAAAACCUUAAACAAAUAGGCCAGGAUAAUACCAAGAAGGGCACCCAAGGGAAACCGUGUGUGACUCAUGGAGAAAAGCUUCACCUGUUUUGUGAGAAAGAUGAACAGGCCCUUUGCUGGGUGUGCGUCCAAUCCCGGAAACACCGAGAUCACACCAUGGUCCCUAUUGAGGAGGCUGCUCAGGUGUACCAGGAAAAGCUCCAAACGGCCUUAGGAAAACUGAGACAAGAGCAGCUGUGGACUGAGAAGUUGGAGAUGGAUCUUGAGAUAAAGAGAAAAGACUGGAAGCGGAAGGUUGAGACACACAGACUGAGGAUUCACGCAGAGUUUGCACAGCAGAAAAGCUUCCUGGCUGAAGAGGAACAGAGGCAGAUGCAGAAGCUGGAGAAGGAUGAGCGAGAAGAGCUGAGAAUCCUGGGGGAGGCAGAGGCGGAGCUGGCCCGGCAGAGCCAGGCCCUCCAGGAGCUAAUCUCAGAGCUGGAGUGGAGGAGUCGGAGUUCAGCAGUGGAGAUGUUACAGGAGGUGAGAAUUGUACUGGAAAGGAUUGAAUCCUGGAAGCUGAAGAAGCUGGACAUUAUCUCCCCAGACAUAAGAAGUGUGUGCCACGUGCCAGGGCUGAAGAAGAUGCUGAGGACAUACGGAGUAUACAUCACUCUGGAUCAAGACACCGCCAACCCCUGGCUCAUCCUUUCUGAGGAUCGGAGACAAGUGAGGCUUGGAAACAUGCAACAAGAGGUGCCCGAGAAUGAAGCGAGAUUUGAUUCGUACCCCAUGGUCCUGGGUACCCAGCUCAUCACCUCUGGGAAAGUCUACUGGGAGGUAGAUGUGACAGGAAAAGAGUCCUGGGACCUGGGGGUUUGUAGGAACUCUGUGCAGAGGAAGGGACAUUUUUUGCUGAGCCCUGACAAUGGCUUCUGGACCAUUUGGUUGUGGAAAAACGAGAAGUACGAGGCCGGCACCUGCCCCCAGUCCUCUCUCCACCUUCAGGUGCCGCCGUGUCAAAUCGGCAUUUUCCUGGACUAUGAGGCUGGCAUUGUCUCCUUCUACAACGUCACUGACCACGGCUCCCUCAUCUACACCUUCCCUGAGUGUCAUUUCGGUGGGCCCCUGCGGCCCUUCUUCAGCCCUGGUUUCAACGACGGAGGAGGAAACGCAGCCCCUCUGACCCUCUGUCCCCUCAAGAUGGGAAGACCAGCAUCCGCAGAUGACUGAAGGCUUCCCCAGGACACUGUCACCCCCUUCCUGUUGGUGACCCUCUCAGCCAGGAGCUCUGCCUCCUUUUCUUAUUAACUGUGAAACCCCUUUUCUUCCAGAGGUCAUGAUGAGCCCAAGUUUUGGCACUGAAAGUUCAUGUAAAAAAAACCUCCAACACAACACCCUAGCCCUGGAGUCCUUUAUGAUUCCAUCUCCUGAAGUAACUCCUCAGAUUUGGCCCAAACUC